AUGUCUGAGCUGCCUUUCACAUGCCCAUCGCAUACUUCAGGCACACGACCUUCGGGAAUGGACGAUCAAUCGGGCCUUGAUGCCGAUCCGCACAUGUUACACCUCGACAACACAUUCCGAAACAAUUCCACUGCAUUUGCCUCGUGCAUGUUGGCUUCGCUUCCCUCGUCUGCUUUACCCUUUCAGACAGACCUGGUGAACUCAUCUCUAGGCGGCAUUGCCAGCGGGGAUUUGUCCAUUCAACCGGACCCUUGUGUAUUCGUGUCCCGUGACUCAGCCAGAACCCAUAAGCCCACUUGCAACUUUGGGGGAAACCCGGAGAUGAUCUUUGAAGGACAGGAAUUGCACCCUUUCGAAGGAUACACAUCUGAGUCCUGUCUUGUUCUGUCUUGUCUUGUCUUGUCUUGUCUUGUCUUGCUUGUCGGAUUAACAAGGCAUUUGCAUAAUCUUCUUAGUUUUUUCGCAUCCUCCCUCGGCUCGCGUCUGUAUGUCGUCCUUCGAAGUGGACAAGGAGGUCCGAAACCCACUCCAGAAGGACUCAAGUUUCGGCCACAGACAAGGCCUCGAGUAGCCUCACCGAAGCGCCGUAGGCUGGCUCCCGUCGAGGAUCUCCGAGAAGAUGCGACAUUCGCGCGGCCAUAA